UAUGUUAAAAUGCUUUUUUUAAUUUGGUUGAUGGAAUCGCGCUGAUGCUAUCGUGAUUUGUUCGGCGAUUAAUACAUCUAUCUUUUUCCAUUAUAAUACCCAUGCGUUUAUUUUUUUUUUCUAAAUAGAUAGUUAUACCAGAAUCAUUCUCAUUCGUUGGCGUUGUCCUAUAUUGUCAUCAUCAUCAUCAUCAUCUUGUAUCAUUUUGUAAUCAUUUUGUAUUAGGCGAACAUAUUUGCUGGCGCACAAAUGUAGCUUAACAGAUAUCAUUAAAAAGAAAUGAUAAUCACAAAGGUUUGGUCUUGAGACGCAUUUUUUAAAUUUAUCAAACAAAUGGUUGGGCUUAUCUGAUAGAGAAUUUUUUUGCUGACGGAUAACUAAUGACAAGGAUCAAUAUCAGUUUUUCUUCUUAAUCAAGAUAAUUUGGCAUAUUAUGAUUUUAAUCUGGAAAUAUAUUUUAUUCUAAUAAAAUGUAAUGAUCUACUAAAUCAAAUGUUUAUUUAUCUUGAUUAAUACUCCACAUGAGUUGAAAUAUGUUUACUGCUCAGUGAGUGCUUGGGACUCCCUAGACUUCCAUGCUGAUAAUAUAUAAAAUAAAUAAAGUGAAAUAAUAUUAUUCGUACUUCGUACUCUAUAUAUUCCUAGGAGGUUUGGUGUAAUAGAUCACGCAACAACCACUAUCAAAGAUGACGGAAUAUCCUGAUUAUUAUUUUCCAUUCAAUUUAUUUUUUAAAUUAUUUUCAGAGAAAAGUAGCGCUUGGUAUUCGCCAGAUGAGCAAUGCACGUUCAACUGUAAGUGUCGGUGGGCACCUACUUUUCGCGGUUAGAAAUACAAUAUUUCGGAGGCCUUUGGUUUUACAGAGAGGCUUAAAAGGGCAUGUUUUCAAUUCAACGAACUGUUGCUUUUGACGGGAAGAAGAAACGCACACGCCCAUUUGAAGCUAUCGAACAAAAAGCGCCCGAGUUUUCACCGAAAGGUCGAGCGUUGACCGAUGAUCCUAAUAAGAGCUAAUAAAUGAGCGCCGAGUUUUUACCGAAAGGUCGGAGCGGUGAUCGAUGAUCCCAAUGGGCGCAGAUAAAAAAGCGCAGUUUUCACCGAAAGGUGGUCGAUGACAACUAUUUUCUAGUCAAACAAUGUUUCUUAUUUUUCGGGAAUCUUUCUAUAAAAGAGCAAAUCUUUUCCAGCGGUUUCUGUGGUGGACCCUCAGGGAGCAAAAUAAUUGAAAGAGAUGAGAACGUAAUUUGUUUUCUAUUCUUCGAAAUGGGUAAAUUUUACCUUUGAAUGGGAGGCAAUUACUUAAAGCCGAUUCGAAUGAAAUUUAUCCACGUAUGAUGAUUUUUAGAUUUGAAGAGUAAAGUCAAAUCCGAAAAAAAAAGAUAUGUUUUUCUUUUAUCCCUACAGCUUUGUGUGACCAAUUCUUGUUUAAUUCCAAAGCUCGUCUUAUUGAAAGGAAAUGAAUUUCCCGUGUGGGUGCAAUGGUAAAAUGUAUUCCUCAUCCAAAAAGGCUACAAACAGAGGAUUGACAGAGGAUAUUCUUUGUUAUUACCAAGUCACAGAGUAAACAAUCUGCCAACGCAACAGAAGUUACUUGAGAUUAAAAAUGAAUCACCUGCGAAGCAAGAGUUCGCGCGGUUAAGAACUCGCUGCUCGUAUCUCUCGCCAGUUUCUGUAUUUCUGAACUUCUAUGCUUAAAGUUCACAACAACAACGCUUGUUACGCAGUCUUCAAUAUAUAUGAAAAAAAAGAUUUAAGUGGAAAAUACAGGCGAACAAAGAGAACGGAGUAAUGAUAUGACGCUUAUUUUAAUAUCUAAAACGACAUAAAACAACGAUAAAAUAGCCAUCUGAUUAAAAGCAUCUUGAACUGCUGAUACGACUCUUUUGUUUGACCAACGGCUAUCUCUGUUGACAAAAAUACGAACCUAUACUGUAUCAUUACAUUUGUCGCAAUCUACUAUAACCCAUUAGAGUGUAUACCCGAUCAUCAAUCAACAGCAGUCGCGUGUUCUGAUUGGACAAGAUAGAGACUUUUGGUAGGCCAGAGCAUCGGUAACGCCCAGACAAGGAAAUGUUUUUGUGGGGCUAUUUAGACCGAGUGUACGUGUUAUGUUGUGUAUGAGUUAAAUUUUUCACGCAGACGAAAUUGCGUAGUAUUUUUGGUGAUACCUUAAAAAGACUGCGUCAACAUAAAGGCGAUAUGCAUUCUCAAGGGUGAUGGAAUAGUAUCGAGCUAAAACCAGCCAGAAGUGGUGGCCAUGUAAUCUCAUUUGGAACGUCUAUCACAGCCAAAAAAUAUCACGAAAACAGAGCUCCCGUAAAACGUCAAUGUUUCCGGAAAGCCGUUGAGGAAAAUCCGCAAAACAAAAGGUUUUAUAGCGUUAAGGGCAUUAUCUCCCAAGUCGGGUCUACAUAGAGACACAAACAAGUGGGCACGAAAAUAAACCAGAAAAUGGGAGAUAAUAGGCCAGCUAAACAAUUAUACGCUUAGGAAUAUCUCAAAAUAUAAGGGCUAAAAAGACCCAAUUUUCGUUGUUCGACCAUUUCUCGUAUUUCACAUCUCUUCCGCUGCCAUUACGGAGUCAUUUUCACGCGCUUGUGUUUCUCGUUUUCACUUAAUAGAGCCACAGUAUCUGAUUUCUGAGCCCAUUCCCCUGUACAAAACGGGCAUUUGUAACAAGAUAACCGCGUGCGUGGCAGAUUACUUCAAAUCUCCUUCGAUGUUAAAAGCGGGAUGCCGGCGACGGUAAAUGUUCUCCUCUCGAGUUGUUUUUAUCGUGUGAAUGAAUCGUGCGGCGCGGCGAGACUGACGGAUCUAUACGAUCUGCGUGCGUGGCUGGGAAAAGGCUUGCGUUAACACAGGUGCGACCAUUGUAUAGGUCUUCGCUUGUGCUCGGUAUUUAAAGGAGGGGAGACCCUGAAGAUCGGUCUCAUACGCUCUCAGAGCGACCAGUGCCUACUACCAGCGCUCCUGUACGUCUUUUGCCGCUUUACACCGGAGGGUACCUGACUAGCCAAAAUAUCGGUCCACGGACACGUGGCGACCUCUUAGACACCGGGAUCUUAUUAUAUAGUUAUGAAACCGAGAAGAAAACCAUUUCCUGCUAAAACGGGUAAAACCGCACUCAGAUACCUGAUAACACUCGUUCUACUGGACGCCGCAUUCGCGGACUUUUGGCCAAAAGAUGGAUGGAGGAAGGUUCUUUUGGACGCGCCUACGCUAGCGCAGCCCGACGCACCAGUGGAUUUUAGGGUCAAGUUAAUGAAUGGGAAAUCGACAGUGAACCAAUUGGUUCGUAUAGACCCAGCACAGCAGACUGAGUCAUUCCACGUGCUACCGUACGACGCGGUGGACGAGUCAGUUAUAUUGCACGAUUUCAACAAGAAUUGGACAUUGAUACUUUUGCCAAAGAAGAGCCAGUGUUUCUUUCAGCAACUUAGCCCUGGCACUCCCCCUCCGCAACAGUUAAAAUCAAGUAUACAACGGGUAAUCGAUUCCAAUGGCACAAAUUCUAGUGCGCAGCUAGAAGAAAUCUCUACUUGGAAAGUAAAGAGCAUACUCUUCAACAGAAAUCUGCUGACACCCAAAAUGCAGAGACUUUGCAAAGGGAUCCCGAUCUACACAAUCAACAGAUUACAGGCUACACUAACAAUCCUUGGGCCUAAAAGGAUAGGGCGGAGCCCAAGUCCGUAUAUCCGGAGUGCAUGUGGAGGCCGGGUGUGCAACUGGAUUGUCAAGUGGGUGUUCUCAUGCACACCCGACUUGAGCUGUGCCUGGCAACAGGUACGAGUCGUCAACUGCCAGGACAUCCAGUGCUAGCCACGCCCACCAGCCAACUGGACAAUCGACCAAGGACAUCAUCUACCUCAUCACCUCGGUAAUGGGGCAGAUUAGUUCCAUAUUAGAGUAGAUUUCCAUUAGAGUAGAAGAAAACUUAAAGGCACUGCAGUUUCAGGAGGAUUUACACUGUGAUAUUUAUAGAGGUAUGUCAAUCAGAUAAAAAGGUUGAACUUAUUUAAGCCAUAGUGGAACUUUUUAUUUUACACUAAUGGAACAUCAGUGGUAAUAAGAUGGCGCAAUCACUUAUGAAACACUAGCACAACAAAUAAAAAGAAAGAUCAGUAAGCAUUGCUUGUAUUGACCCAUGAAAUUCAUAGCCAAACUAUGACUCAACAAUAUCUCUAAAGGAAAAAAAGGAUUUUCCCGCUGCCUGUAGAUGGAAGGGGUGCUUGCAGAUCUGUGUAAAAAUUACAC